AUGCAGAAGUCCCUCAAUCUCGAUCCGCUCUCCGGCUUCUCAAACCUCCGCAGCAACGUCGAUUCGAUCAUGAGGAUCGGACCAUCCCUUCUCGACGCGAUCGCUCGGCUCGCGAUCCUCGCGACGCUCUGCUUUCUCCGAGCCAGCUCGCAGGAGCUCCACAGGGGCUUCGAAGCCGCCCCGAAACCUUCCGUCUCUGGUUUCCAACCCUUACUCACCGACCCCACCGGCAACUUCUCGCUGAGCUUCCUCCGAGUCAACGGCACGAGGCUCGCCCUCGCCGUCGUCCAUGUGCCGUCCUCGCAGCCCCUCUGGGUCGCCGACCCGCCCCGGCCUGCCCGGUGGUCCGACCGCAGCACGCGGCUCUCCUUCAACGGCAGCCUCGUCAUCUCAGACCCCUCGUCGGGGGUGUUCUGGUCGACGGGCACCGACGGCGACCGGGUCGUGCUCCUGAACAGCUCGAAUCUUCAGGUCCAGAAGCAGAGCGACGGCGGCGGCGGGACCCCUGUCGUUGUAUGGCAGAGCUUCGACUUUCCGGCGGACACCCUCGUGGAGAACCAGAACUUCACGGCCGCCAUGUCGCUGACGUCGUCGAACGGGCUCUACUCGAUGCGCAUGGGGAGCGACUUCUUCGCCCUCUACGCGAACUUCGGCGGCGAUUCGGACCAAAUGUAUUGGGAGCACAAGGCGCUGGAGGCGAAGGCGCAGGUGGUCGACGGGGCCGGCGCGGUCUACGCCAGGGUCGACCCGGGCGGGUUCAUAGCCAUGUACCAGAACGGCAGCGUCCCGGUCGACGUCGAGGCCUUCAACAGCUUCCAGAAGUCGAUCGACUCCUUCCUCCUCCUCCGGCUGGAAUCGGACGGGAACCUCAAGGGCUACUACUGGACCGGGUCGACCUGGGCCACGAACUACCGUGCCAUCUCGGGCUCCUGCGAGCUGCCGAGCCCGUGCGGCCCGUACGGCCUGUGCUCGGCGGACGGAACCUGCUCGUGCCUGGACAACCGGACCGAGGCACGUCCCGGUUCGUGCUCCUCCGCGCCGGGUUCCGGCGACUUCUGCGGAAGAGGAGCAGGGUCGGGAAGCGGCGGCUUCUCGGUGCUGCGGCGUGACGGCGUGGAGCUGCCGUACAAGGAGCUGAUGGGAUACGCGUCGGUGCCGUCCCUAGACGACUGCGAGCGCGCGUGCGAGAGCAACUGCAGCUGCUGGGGCGCCGUGUACAGCAACGCCACGCGGUUCUGCUACACGAUAGAUUACCCGAUCCAGACGCUGCUCGAGGUCGCGGACGAGACCAAGAUCGGGUACUUCAAGGUGAAGCCCGCGCCGGCCGGGAAGGGCAAGGGCUACGAGGUCGGGUUCGGUGUAGGGGUCCUGAUGUGGGUCCUGAUUGUGGUCGCGGUGGCGGCCGUGGUCGGGCUGGUGGGUUAUCGGGUGUGGAAGAGGAGGGGAGGGUUGAAGGGGCAUCUGGCGGGCGAAGACGGGCUGGCCGCCGGCCCGUACAAGGAUCUCGGGUCGGCGAGCUUCCGGUCGAUCGAGCUGAGCAGUAGAUGA